AUGAAGUUCGGCCGCAAUCUCCCCCGCAACGUUGUCCCCGAAUGGAGCGCCUCCUAUAUCAAAUACAAACCCCUCAAGAAACUCAUCAAGUCCGCCGCCGAGGACCUCAAAGCAGACCAUGAGGCGGAUCUAGCGGGCUUCUUCUAUUCCCUCGACCGCAACCUCGAAGACGUCGAUUAUUUCUACAACAAGAAAUACCACGACUUCUCGCGCCGUCUGAAGCUGCUCGAGAGCCGUUACGGGCAUUCACUCGAUGGCCGACAGAGGCUGGAUGGUGAGGAUGUGGAGGAUUUGCUGGCCGCAUUGCUGGAGUUGCGUGGGCAGUUGCGCAAGUUGCAGUGGUACGGGGAGGUGAAUCGGCGAGGUUUCAUCAAGAUCACGAAGAAGUUGGAUAAGCGCGUUGGCGGGCAGAGUCAGAAGACGUAUUUGGAGACAAAGGUUGAUCCGGCUCCAUUUGCAUCGAAUGUGCGGGUUUCUGAGGCCUUGAAGCGCAUUAAUGACUGGCUGUCGAUUUUGGGUGACCAGAAGGUUACUGAUGAUGCGAGUUCGACGGUGUCGUCGUUGUCGUUGAAGAAGGGGCCGUCGAGGCCGAAUUUGAAUGUGCCCGCGAGUUUGUUGACGGCUGUUGAUGAGGCGCUGCGCUCGGAUGAUACGCAUAUGUUGUUGGAGUUGAUCGAGACGCUGAAGAAGGCCGCCGAUGAGGCGCAGGAUAACUUGUUCCCGAGAGUGCUGAAGAGUUUGUUGCAACGGUCGAUUUACUAUCGGUCUAAGGCUUGCAUCACUGCUUUGCUUGGUCGCAUUGAUGAUGAUCUUGAAGAAGACGAUGAUAUCAACAAGCGCAACUGCGUUCAUCGUUUAGUGAUUUCCAUCGGCCGCGCGCAGUCCACUACCGACUCGGAGCAGUCCGCUUCCAUGGUGCUCGACUUUCCUCUCGAGGCCUCCAACUACAUUACUCCCGCUGCUCCACCUACAUUGCAGCCCGCGCGCUCCGUUAUCAAGGAGUCGGAGAAGCCUCAACAUCUUGAGCGUUCCGAUCCGGCUGUUGCGCUGUUGUUGCAUCUGCUCGAUCAGCUGCGCCCGCAGCAACGUCAGGCUGUCCUGGCCAAGGAUCUCACCGGCCGCACUCCUCUGCACUAUGGCGCGCAGUACGGCUUCAAGGUUGUUUGCGAUAUCAUCAUCGAACACCUGCAGGCGUGGGAUAUGUUCGACGUGAGCGGCGGUAUCGACGGUGUUGAAUGGCAGGACAAUGAUGGCUGGGCCCCGCUGCACUUGUCUGUUGUUGGUGGCCAUCCGUUGACCACCCGUACUCUGCUGGAAGCCGAGAACUGGAAGGGCGAGAGCAACACUGAACGCGCGUUCAUCCGCAAGCAAGUCCCCAAGUCCAGUGCUGUGCUUGCCAUGGCUACCAAGGCCAACUUUGUCGAUAUAGUGCAGCUCUUGGUUGAUGCUGGCGUUGACAUCAACUACCAGGACGAGCAGGGUGAGACUGCGUUGCAUGUGGCCGCUCGUUUUGGCCACGACCAGUGUGCGCGUAUCCUGCUGAAUGGCACGGACAACCAGAAAGCUGAUACUGAGCUUUUCGAGUACACAUAUUCAUGGACUCCGUUGUUCAUUGCCUGCGUUGAUGGUGCACUGUCGGUAGUGAAUCUGCUCAUUGAAGCCAAUGCUGAUCUCGAGCGGUCGGAUUCGUCUGGCUGGACCGCCAAGGAACAUGCUGCUCUGCGCGGUCACCUUGACAUCGCCCGUCGUCUGGCCGAAGUCACGCCUGAACCCGAAGUCUCCGAGCCAGAGGUCCUUCCCGCUCCCGCUGCUAUCUCUCCUGCCGCUCUCACUCCCUCUUCCCCGCCGCAAGCGCAGUCCUCCCUGGCCGAGCGCCGCUCGAACAACACCACCCCAGGGAGUUCUGGCCCACGGGCUUCUGAACCUAUCAAGUCUUUUGGACAUCGGUAUCUCACCGAUGAAGCCAUGAUCCUGGUCAGCCUGGGCACGAUGGACAUCCGCAAGCCGCAGCAGGCAGUGAACCUGGACCGGAUUCCGAUGGAAAAUGCUCAUUCCACGCAGCUCGACACGGCGUUGUCGAUUGUUGUCUCUGCCAGCGGUGCGCAUGGUGAGCCAGAGAUUAUCGAUCUACCGGUUCAAGAUAACAUUUCCACGGAGCCGAUGGUGUUCCAUGCAGCUGAUCCGACCAAGGUGCGGUUGUUGUUUGAUCUUGUUCCGACGUAUGCGGGGUCGAAGGAUCAGAUUGUUGGUCGUGGUGUUGCGUUGCUUUCGUCCAUUAAGCCUGGUGUGGGUUCGCAUCGGAUGAACCUGAAGGGUGAUUCCACCGUGCCUAUCGUCGCAGCCAACACCUUGGAAGUCAUCGGCUCAUUGACCUUCAACUUCCUGAUUGUCACUCCCUUCAAACACCCGAACAUGUCCAUCGCCCGCGAUCAAACCUACUGGAAGAGUCUCACCUCAACAAUGGUCAUCGGCCACCGCGGUCUCGGCAAGAACUUCGCAAGCCGCAAGUCCCUCCAACUCGGUGAAAACACCAUCCAAUCCUUCAUCGCCGCAGCCAACCUAGGCGCCUCAUACGUCGAAUUCGACGUCCAACUUACCAAAGACCACGUCCCGGUCAUCUACCACGACUUCCUCGUCAGCGAGACGGGUAUCGAUGCGCCUGUGCAUACGCUCACGCUGGAACAGUUCAUGCAGCUGGGCGAUAGCCGGUCGAUGCGCGCGAACCAGAAUGCUUCGCCUCGUCGGGCGGAUAUUAUCGGCGAGGAGAGGAGUGGUGGACGCAUGCGGUCGAUGUCUGUUGGUGGGUCGGAGUAUAAUGUUGCCGAAUUGAAUGAGAAGAUUAAGCAUACGCGGGAUUUCAAGAAGAAGGGUUUCAAGGGGAAUACCCGGGGAAAUCAUAUCCAGGCUCCGUUUGCCACGUUGGAGGAGUUGUUUAGAAAGUUGCCCAAGUCUGUCGGGUUUAACAUUGAACUGAAAUACCCCAUGCUUUUUGAAUCCGAACAAGAAGAAAUGGACACCUACGCCGUCGAACUCAACUCCUUCGUCGACACCGUCCUAAAACUAGUCUACGACCUUGGCCAAGGCCGCAACAUGCUCUUCUCCUCCUUCAACCCGGACAUCUGCCUCCUCCUCUCCUUCAAACAGCCCUCCAUCCCAGUCCUCUUCCUCUCGGACUCGGGCGCCUCCCCAGCCUACGACAUCCGCGCGUCUUCCCUACAGGAAGCCGUCCGCUUCGCCUCCCGCUGGAAUCUCCUCGGCAUUGUGUCCCAAGCCGAACCAUUGGUUUUGUGCCCACGGCUGGUCCGUGUCGUCAAAGAAUCAGGCCUCGUCUGCGUAUCCUACGGCGCCAUCAACAAUGAGCCCGAAAACGUCAAGCGACAGGUCAACGAAGGCAUCGAUGCAGUCAUCGUCGACUCCGUCCUUGCUAUCCGGAAGGGUCUUACCGAGCACGAGAGUAAGAUGGAGACGCCCUCCACGUCGCCGCAGCCGAGUCCGUUGGCGAUUCCUAGUACCGGUGACGAGGGUCUGAAAGAUACGAAUAAGAUUCCGGUGCUAGAGCAGGCGGAGAAGAGGGGGGAUCAUUUGCAUGUUAAGCCGGAGGCUUACGUCCGCAAUUAG